GCUCUCAGGUCAGUAGCUCACCAAUCCAGCAAAGAUGGAGAGCAGAAAGGUAAAGUGCAUGCACUGUUAUUUCGUGCGAUUAGCCGUAAUUAUAUUUCUUCUUGCAGUCAAAAUCUCAGUCUAGUCUCCUUUCUCGCGUCACUUCGACCACGGAUCUCCUUCCGCACACGCAAAGCCUGCACUCCAAGUUUGGUCUCUAUGCAGGCGCUGGAAUUCCUCCCGCCAGCCAGCUCCCAGCCAUUUCUGCACGCCCUGCCUCCUCAAGGCCGCGCACUGAUCUUCGUCCAAUGACCUCCCGUCCAAUGAGCUCUCGUCCAAUGAGCAGUAGGGCGUCGUUGACUCAGCUAGAGCCGUACUCCCGGCCUGGAUCAAGGGCAGAGUCCAAUAGAUCUCCUCCCAGAAGUAUGAGCCGGCAGCAGUCAGCCAGUCUUCAUCAGGUGUAGCUAUAGUAGAGAUCAUUAAUUUUGUUGCACAUGAUCUUGUAGCUAUAUAUAUAGAAUCUGUGAGCUACACAGUUAAGCUUCUGUGCACCUAUACUCUGCAUUUAUGGAAGACCUUUCAGCUCCUAAAACAAGAUUACUGCAUUUCUGUUCUAUAAUAAUAUAUCAGAGACCUGCUUCAGCCAUUCGUCCCCUGUCUGGUCGAGUGUUCAUGCGUCGGAUGGAGCAUGGAUGGGUGGCCAAGCACUACCCGACUGACCAACCCCCCAUCACAAGCCUCACAAACAUCAGCGAUGACCUUGAUGAUGAUGAUGAUUCGGACUGUGACAGUCUUGAUUCGUUUUUCAACGAGGAGUUUGACGAUAGAGAAAAGAGUGAAAAACUGCAGGACCUCCUAUCAUGCAACACCUAUGGAGUGGAAUCAAAAAGUCACAAGAGGGACUGGAUUGCUGGGGAAGUGGGUAUCCCCAAGUUUCACUGCCCCAGAUGUAGAGACCACUGGUACGGGUUGACCCCUUUCCCGUGCAACGAAGAACUGGCGCGACUCAUCAGAGACGGACUCUGGUACACGGGGAAAGGAGAUUCAGGGAAGUUCAACAUGAAGACGAAAUCCGGCGGGUGGACAGGAAGUAAAGGUGGUACAGGGAGUGGUAGUCCGGGGGGAGGAGGUGCUGGGGAUUCAAGUGAACAAAAGCCAAAGAGGAUUUUGAAAGGAAACAGCAGUGAGAACGGCUCCUAUGAACUGGGGAGAGGAAAGCAGGGGAAGAAGAACAGGCGAAAGAUCACUUUCAAACUUGAUGACGAGAAUGGGAGCGGUGAGCACAAAUCUGGAAGUGGGGGUGACAGUUUGGGGAACAGUAACUCUAACACUUUAGCUGGAAACAAAGAUGAGCAUCAUCGGUUGAAUUCUGAAAAUAGUACAAAUGGUGGAACCAAUGGUACCAAUGGGGCCAAUCUCUUGAAUGGUGUGGAACCAUCUUCAAAUAGCAGGGGUAACGGUCUAGAUCCAUACAAUAAUGGGCUACUUGGGAAUUCAGAUUUCAGCAACUCUGCUGGAAAGGGGAGGGGAGGAAGGAGCGAAGGAUUCAAUGAUGAAAGAAUGCUGUCAUCAAAAACAAACAGAGGAUUGCUCUCAGAGGAAGCUGGUAUGGGCCUGUUAAACUCUUUAGAGGAUUCUAGCCAUCUCAAGAGUAGAUCAGGGGACAAGAAUGGUCAUGCAGAGAGUGGUGGCUGUGGUAGUACUGCUGAGCAAAGGGAGGAUGCUGGGGCCUCUGACCAACGAAGUGAAGCAGUGUCUCAUGACCUACAUGAUGGAGGUAUAAAGCUACAACAAGCAUCCGUAUCGUUAGUGACUUCUUCCACUAACGCCGCCCGGAAGACUUCGGAUUCUGCCGGGCCAGACUACGGGAGGAAGGUGAGGAAAUCUGGUGGGUACAUGAAGGCAUCUAGUCCCACAAGCUCGGAGUGGGGCGACCCCAGCCAUGCCAGACACUAUGCCUCGAGUACAGUCCCCUCUUCUCAAACGGGAUCGACUUCAAACUUGCACAAGGACAAAGCCCUGCCACCAAUUGUUCCACCCAUCAGGAAACCAAGAGUCGAUUUUCUCGGGGGUGGGUUUGAUCUCACUCCGGCCUGGAGGUACUCCUACUUCAGUCCCAGCCCCCUACACAUACCUGCAGCUCGACAGACUGCAACUACUGCACCGCCAAGAAAGAAAAAGUGAAGUUUCGUUGAUACCAAUUUCCCCUAUAUAAUGUGUGUAUAUAUUAUGUGCCAACAGUGUUGUU